CGUUUCCGCUUGGCGCCGGCUGGAAGAUUGACUCUUGAGUGUCGUGAGAGGUCAGAUUGCUGUCAGUUAGGGAAAGUAUGCCAGCCCCCACUAGUGGAGGUGGAGUCGAUCUCCACGAAAGUAGAGAUUCACUCCAAACACAGACAUGGCCCACGGACAUGGGCAUGAACAUGGCCAUAGCAAACUGGAACUUCCAGAUUAUAGACAAUGGAAGAUAGAAGGGACGCCAUUAGAAACUGUCCAGGAGAGGCUGGCUGCACGAGGGCUAAGGGACCCAUGGGGCCGCAAUGAAGCUUGGAGAUACAUGGGUGGCUUUGCACACAAUGUUUCCUUUGUUGGUGCAUUAUUAAAAGGAUUCAAAUGGGGAUUUGCAGCAUUUGUGGUAGCUGUAGGGGCUGAAUAUUACCUGGAGUCCAAGAAUAAAGAGAAGAAGCAUCACUGAAGAUACUACCUGGAAGUAUCUUAAAGGCUUCUUAACUCUCUUAUAAAAAUAAGCUUUUUCAAUGUAGCCUACUCUGUGUGUUUUUCCCUUAAAAAAUACAAGUAAGAUUUAAUAAAGUAAGAAUGCAUGUGCUA